AACUGCAGUAAAAUGAAAUUUCGAAUAUGAUUAACUACAAUAGGCAUGCGCAGUAAGACAAAUGUAAGUGAAUGCUCUGUGUCUCAGCGCACUUUGUAUUAUCCCUUUGGAUCUAUUUUUUUGUAAAAGUCGAUUUUUUUAACCAUAUAAACUAUAGAUAGGUAAAGAUGAAAUGUGAAAGUUGUUUCACUUAAUAUAGCACUUAAUAUUUUAAUCGUAAUUUUCUAUUAUACUCUUUUUAUGACAUAUUGUUCAAGAUCUAAUGCAUAAAAUACAAUCUAAUCUAGUACAGAGCUUCAGAGCUCUAGCGAUUAUGUAUAUGUCAGUAACUUUUUGAACGUAAGUGCAUACGUACUGAGUUUUAGUGGGCAAACGGGAAGAAAAGAUUUUAUAUAUACAUGCCAUUUUUUCAAUCGCAGUGUCCCUGGAAACUUUCGAAUAUCGUGAGACCGCAUUCGAAACGAGGGGAAUUUAAUGGUGGUCAAAAAGCCCCCACCCUGACCUCGUAUGCAAAGACAGUCAAGGUGUCAACAGGCGACAACAGGCGAGGCCGAACGUAGUUUACUCGAUAAUUCGCGUCUGUUCAUAUUUGUUCAUUCAUUUCUCCGCUUUAUCGCUCUGUGGUAGCAAUAUCUGUUAGCAAUAUCACGGUACCCGUGAUAUACAAUUUGGCUUCGAAGUAACUAGCAUACGGAGAAUGCGACUGUCCAGGGUAUAGCACGGUGCAGAAUUUUUUUGACGUACUUGACCCUCGAUAAGGUCUUUGCCACAUAAUCACUCGGAGAACAUUCCAAUGAAUGUGGAUGAUGAAUUUUAUUUUAUCAACCAACAGUGAGGCGAAUAUACUGUAAUGGGGUGGGUUUCGUCCACCACAAUAUGGAUUAUUAUAUGGAGUUGUUUACUGCGGGGCUUUCAGUUAGCUCCACAGUCAUCUCCAAAACAAGUUCCAUGUGAUAAAACAAGGAAAGUUUUUACCGAUUCUUGGGGAAUCAUUAGUGAUGGACCGUUAGGUUCAAAUUAUACUCAAGAUUCUCACUGUGAAUGGCUCAUAAAAGCAAACAACACUGGCCAGUUUAUUACUCUAAGUUUUCGUACGAUGGGAACAGAGUGCAGUUAUGAUUAUGUUUUUGUAUAUGAUGGAGAUUCAUUUCGAUCUCCUCUCCUAGGUAGUUUUAGUGGAAAAACUGAACCGCAGCAAGUAACAUCAUCUUCUGGUUAUAUGCUAAUACUUCUGUACAGUGAUACAAAUUACGUAUUGGAUGGUUUUCACGCGGAAUUUUCAGUAACCGAUUGCCCGAAUAAUUGUACAAAUCACGGAAAAUGUAUUAACAACACUUGCGUUUGCGAAAAUGAUUGGGGUGGAAAAGAUUGCUCCAGAGAACUUUGUCCAAAUAAUUGUAGUUAUGUUGGAGAAUGUGGUCUGAAACGGUGUAUCUGCCGAAACGAACAUUCAGGUCAAUCAUGUUCAUUGCACAAAACACAUCCUGAGGGCAACAAGUGGCAUUGGCUUUCACAUUCUGAAGGUGGAUUAAGACCACGUGCAGCGCAUACUGCAGUUUAUAUGAAGGAAACUGAUUCCCUUUACGUUUUUGGUGGCUAUGAUCUUAAUUAUAUACUCAGUAAUUUGGAAGUAUAUCGAUUUAAUACAAGUCAAUGGGAAGACGAGUAUGGUAACGUAAUAGAAGGCACGUCAUCCGCGGAAUAUCUGGACCCCAUGCUCUUCGUUACGGAAUUAGAACGAAUAGGUGCGGGUGCAAAAGAAUUAUAUGGUCUCCGCACGUCCUCCCUCAUUGGGAAAGUACUUUACAGUAUUAAAGACAGUAAUAUCUUUAGUUCACGUAAUCAUGCGAUCGUAGACGGUGGACAUGGCUGGCCGGAAUUUAGAAAUGGAGACCACAGAGAUCGCGAGAGAAAGACGAUUCAUGAGGCCAGGGAGAGUGAGACUAGUAAGAGUACAAUUAGAAUAGAAAGAAACGACGAUCUUAGGAGAAAACAUACUAGGCAUCCUAAACCACGUUAUGCACAAACCGCAAGACAUCGUCGAAAUUUAGAUCUCCAUCAGGAACUUCAUGCUUCAAAUGUAAAAAAUGACGCAUUGAAUUGGGACGAGCAAAAUGUUGAAGAUGCUUCCGAAGACAACGUUUAUAAUCAAGAAUCGAAAUCGAUAGAAAACGAAUCGACUAAACUAUCUGUUGAUGAAUCGCCUAAACCCAGCCCGCGUUAUGGUCAUGCAGCUUGCAGAUAUGUUGGUGGUUUCGUUAUAUACGGUGGGAAGAUACAAGAUGGUUCUUUGUCAAAUGAACUGUGGCAUUACAAUGUUAACACACGUUCUUGGACAUUGCGAGCAAAAAAUUCUCCGUUUUAUCCACCACCACUGACAAGGCAUACUCUUACUUUAGCAAACGACUAUAUUUAUCUAUUCGGUGGUAGUACAGUCGAUGGUGAAUUUUCAUCAAGUGUAUAUAAAAUUAAAUUGAAUUUAUCCGAUCCUACGGCAUCUACGGAAAGAUGGAAGGAAGUACAUCCACGAGGGGGUAAAGAAUUAGACGUGCGUGUAGUUGCACAUUGUACAGUGUAUCACAAAGCUACUAAUUCUUUAUUGGUUUACGGCGGAGUAGUAGCCAGUGUAGCCCGAUUCAGUAAAUUGUCAGAUAGGAUGUUCGUGUUCCAACUUGAAAGAAAAGUUUGGUCCGAAAUUCAUUAUCCGAGGGCUCACUUACGGGAUACUUACGUCCCAAGAGAACGGGCAUUUCAUACUUGUAACAUCAUAGGCAAUUAUUUGGUUGUAUUCGGCGGAUAUUCUCAUAGGCAUAACAAGGAAGAAAUUUGUUAUGAUAAUCAGAUGUAUCUUUAUCAUCUGGGCUGUCACGCCUGGGUUAGCCAUGACGUGCUUGGUUUAAAUGACAAAGAUUCUCGUUAUCCAAAGCAACAAGGAGUGUUCGCACAUGCGGCAGAUGUGCGGAAUGGAAAUACUCUGCUGUUAGUAGGUGGUUAUCAUGGGAAUGUAAACGCUGAUUUGCUUGCAUACACGUUGCCACCGAUGCUUGCGUCAGGAGAGGAAGACUACAUAGAACCCGAGCAAAUUUGUUCGAGACAUAAAACUUUUAUGGAAUGUUCGGCCAACCCAGAGUGUGGUUGGUGUUCGGCAGACGAGAUAUGUUAUGGUCGAACUACUGGCAGUAACUGUACGACAAAUCUUCAAACAACGCGUUGUCCAGGCGUUUGCCUAGCACUUGGAGAUUGUCAUUCUUGUUUGAUUCACGGCCAGCCUGGCGGUGGUUGGGGUACAACCGCUCGUGGAAAAAAAUCUGUGUCCAAUAAGUUGAAUCUCGGAACUUGUACUUGGUGCGUUCAAAAUGCUCGUUGUCAUCACAAAGAUGAUAAUUUCGGUGUUUGUGGGCUUCGAGAUGACACGCCGUCUCAAAUACCAGGAUGGUGGGGUUCAAAGGGCACAGAGAUAAUAAAAGUUGAGGAGUGUCGGGAAAUGGAUAAAAGGCCAGGCUUGACAUUUUUAAAAUACAAGCCACCUGUAAAUUUUACUCAGCCCGAUUCCGUGGCAAUAGUCAAUGCUACCACGGUAGAUUUCAAUGUUCCCUCUAUGCAAGGAGCGAAAACAGAAUCAGCUCUUGGCGGAGAGAUGAUCGCGAGAUUGACCGGUUUCCUCAGACCACCUCAAUAUUUUUGGGACAGCGCAUUGGAACAUUUGAAGAUUUGCGUCAGUUACAACAGUGCGACUCUACACGUAUCGAGAAGUGAUGACCCUCAAACAUUGGAGCUGGUUGCGAACUUAACUGCCGAGACUUCGCAAUGUAUUCCUACAAAGUGGUCAGAUGCACAACCGAUGAUGUUGCAACCAGGCAGAUACCUACUAGAUUUCGAAUCGAAGAGGAUGGUUACCACGAGUUAUGCGUACGCCAGCAAAAUGGAGAUUACUCACAACAAAAAAACUGAAAAUCCAAAAGUAUUCACGUUCGAGUAUUUAGAACCAUACCAAAAUGGAUCGUGUCAUCAAUAUAGAAAUUGUCUUCACUGUUUGACCGAUUCGUCCUGCGGUUGGUGCGAUAUUCUGAACAAGUGUCUAUCACGUUCGAUCAACGAGACAGAAAGUUGCGUAGCUGACAUGGAAUGGGACGAAGAUGGCAACGCUAUACAGGAAUGGCAUUAUCUAACAAUCACUCCUUCGGCCUGUGCUAAUUGUUCUAAUUAUAUAUCGUGCGAAUCUUGCGUCGGGACUAAUCUGUGCGAAUGGUGGACGGAGGAAGCCCGUUGCGCGAGGAUAGGCAGGUUGCCUAAUGCGGUUGUCAGCCUUGACGAGUGCCCGAUUCCGUGUAGGCUACGUUCAAAUUGCACUCAAUGCUUAGACGAGCGCGGGCGAUGCGUGUGGUGCGAGGCCACGCAGGAAUGUUUCUCCUUUUCCGUGUACACCUCUGAAUACCAGUUCGGUUUAUGUCGAGAAUGGAUGGACCAAGCUGGUCUUAUGGGCGUGACGUCAAGAUCCGGGUCGUCUUUAACUGGCAACGAUCAAUGUAAAAGUUGUAGUCGGCAUACAAACUGUUCCAAUUGCCUACAUUCCUUAAGUUGCGGAUGGUGUUACAGUCUGGAAAAUCCUAUUAUGGGAGCGUGCGUGCAAGGAGAUUUCAAUCAGCCGCAUGUUAAUUGCACUUCGGUUAUCAACGAAUCCCAAAAUUUUACGAACAAAUCUUUAACAUCUAACGAAUUGGGAUGGGCGUACGCUCAAUGUCCAGAUGUUGAUGAAUGCGAUUUAGGUUUACAUGAUUGCCAUCCCAAUGCUGUGUGCACGAAUACUCACGGAAGUUUCAGCUGCCAAUGUAAAAGGGGUUUCAAUGGAGACGGUAGAGAGAAUUGCACGAAGACUUGCUACGAGAAGUGCGUGAACGGUUACUGCAGCGAGGCGCCUGACUAUAAGUGCGAAUGUUACUUAGGAUGGACGGGACCUGAUUGUAGAACGAAUUGCGGUUGCUACAAUCAUUCUACUUGCACCCAAAGGCCAGGCAUCUGUGAUGAAUGUCAGAAUUGGACUACCGGUAAAUAUUGCGAGGAGUGUAAAGCGGGUAGUUACGGUAACGCUACAACGCCGUCUGGAUGUACAAAGUGCAAUUGCAAUGAACACGGGGACAAGGAUCUAGGUGUUUGCAACCGAGAGACUGGCAUUUGCUUCUGUCGUGAUAAUACUCAGGGAGACAGGUGUCAACGUUGCCAGAAGGGAUAUUACGGUGAUCCAAAAUACGGCGGAAUGUGCUACUACGGUUGCAUGUCCCGUGGUAUGCUUAGCGGAGAAGGAAAUGGCAAACAAGGUCUCGGCAGCAAACAUUCGCAGUUAUCGUUAUGGGAAAAUCAUCUCGGAGAUUCCCCAACAAGAGAAUGUCUAUGGAUAGUUAGCCCAAAAACAGAUCUUUCUUCGGACAAUAUGCUUCUAGGUACGCAAAGCGUGAUACAGUUCACGAUACAUGAUGAUAUCAAUGUCAGCUGCCAAGAAAAUAGCGUUUAUGUGUACGAUGGCCUACCGGAAUUCGUUUCAUCAUCGACAAGCCAUCAAAGUCAACUCUUAGGUGCUUACUGUACAGAAAGCACGGACUAUCCAGUCACUGUAGAAGCCAAAUCUGGAUUUCUGACUGUUCAUUAUAAACAACUGGACGAGGUAGAGGGUUUCAAAGGCAGUUAUUUGAUAAUGACGUGUAACAAUUGUCCUGCGAAUCGGGAAUGUCGUAAUGGCAAUUGUUUAUGCAAAAUUGGCUUCGUAGGGAUCAACUGUGACAUUGAAAUAUGUCCUAACAAUUGCACUUCUGUUAAGAAGCAAGGAAUUUGUGACAAGGGUUACGGACGUUGCGUGUGUGCAGCCGGUUAUGGAGGACGCGACUGCUCGAUUAAAAUCAGCGAGAAUCAGUUGAUUUUUACUGAAUUAUUCAACUCUGAGUAUUUAGCUGAUCAUUUGGAUCACCUAAGGAAAACUUUACCCCGAUUCGGUCAUACCUUGGUUGCCGACAGAAGAGGUAGCCUCUGGAUGUUCGGAGGAUACUCCCUUAGCCAUGGUCCUUUAAAUGACAUUAGACUCUUUGACACAAAAAAUAACACGUGGAUGCCUAUCACUGUAGAGUCUACUUCAGAGGCUUCCAUGCCGCAAGGAAGAUAUUUCCAUGCAACCGAAAUAGUUCACAGUAGACAACAGAUAUACGUUUACGGCGGUUUGUCAAUGAAAGAGGAGGAUGUACGAGGUUUAUCGAAUAACACGUUGAGCGACUUUUGGAAGUUCAGUUUACAAAAUCAGAGAUGGAUGCAAAUUACGCAGGAUGAGCUUAAGAGGGAACCACCGCCUUUAGCUGGGCACACAUUAACUUUACGGAGAAAUGGAGAAUUGGAGAGUUUAAUAUUAAUUGGAGGAUUCAGUCCUAAAUACGGUUAUCUUGACACGGUAUGGGAAUUCAAUCUAGAAACAGAAGCUUGGGAUACAAUAGAUACUAUUGGAAAUGGUCCAUUAGGAGUGUAUGGCCACUCAACCGUAUAUCACAGCAAGUCGGAUAGCUUUUACAUUUUUGGUGGAUAUACUUACGCAAUCAAUCGUACGUUUAUAUCAAAUAAAUUGUAUGCGUUGAAUUACAAAACCCGUGCAUGGUCCGUACUUCCACCGUUUGAUGACGACCUUACUGAUGGGAGUAGCCUGCCUCAAGCUAGAUUCCUCCAUUCUGCAGUUACUACUGAUGAAUACAUGGUAAUAUUCGGUGGCCGUCAAAAUCCACAUAAUACUUCUGAUUCAUUGAUCGCUUAUAAAUAUUCAUGUAACCUGUGGAUUCGUUUGAUAACGAAAGACAUGGAAGUUAUCGGCAGUCCGCCACCGCCUGCAUAUGCUCAUGCUAUGACGCACGCUGAUCCAGAGUCCAACGCUGUAUACGUAGUUGGCGGUUUCGAUGGUGGUGUCAAAAGUCACGUUACUCUUAUUAGCAUACCAGAGGAUCUUUGUAAUCUGUGGAUUGAUAAAACGACUUGCCGAAAAUACUUCGGAUGUUCUUUUUGUUCUGUGGUAACCAUUAGCGGAAACAACGCUUCCUUUUGCUUUUCCAACGAAGUGUCAAAUAAUAAAGACGACCGAUGCGAUGUCAAUGUUGCUCAAGCUCAGCGAUCGAAUGGAAUCUUUUGUAAUUCGGAGUGGAUGGCUAGUAGAAAGUGUCAGAACUUUAAAACUUGCACGGAAUGUCUGGCGGAGUGGCCAUAUUAUAGAAACGAGGAACCAGUGUGUAAAUGGUGCACCAAUUGUCCAAGCGGGAAGUGUAUUCCGUCCGAGAAGGAUUGCGAUGAACUGAACAAAUGCAGCGUUAGGCAAAUAUCGGUGACUGAUGUGAAUCAAUGCGGUGAACGGCAAUGUCCAGCAAGCGACUGUGAAAAAUGUAAUAGUCUCGAAGGUUGCGUGUGGACGAGGCAGGUUCUAAAAACUUCUGAAUUAGGACUCGCAGUAACUGGCGAACCCGUGUACGAUUGGAAUUGCGUGCCCGAUGAUAUUUUUGAAAGAUCAAGUAUUAAAAUGAGCAGCACGCAGUGUGAAAAACGAUGUGCCGAUCAUAAAGAUUGUAGGAGUUGUCUGAAGGGUACGGGAGCUGAAGGUGGAUGGCGAGAAUGCAGAUGGUCCACGCAACUUAACGAAUGUAUUUCUCCAUCGUACCAACCUUUGUAUUGUGCCGGGGGUGUAUGCGGUUUAGUGUUACGAAGUUCGGAUAUGGAUCAUUGCCCUGAACCGUGCUCAGUUUUUAAGCAAUGCAGCACGUGUUUGAAACACUCACAUUGUGGGUGGUGUUCUUUAGAUUCAGCUAAUAUAACCGGUCAAGGAAUAUGCACGGAAGGCUCUCUAGAAGCGCCAGCAGAUCACCCAGCUGGUGGUACAUGUGAAAUGUUAUACUAUCAACAGUUCCCUCAAUCUGAUCCACAGUCCUCAGAAAUUUCGGACAAUGUUACGAUGCUAAUUCCGAACGUGAUGUCAAAACCGAUAUUUUCUUGGCAUUAUGUACGAUGCCCACCGGAGAAUGAAUGCACCAACGGACACCAUACGUGCUCACCGAAAAGUGAGAAAUGUUUCGACUUGGAAGAAGGAUUUGAAUGCAUGUGCGGAGAUGGAUAUAAAACUGAAACACCAUCAUCGUAUAAUGAAUUUGGAAGGAAAAUUUGCGUUCCAAUGUGUACGCAAGGUUGUGUCAGAGGAACAUGUGUGGAACCAAAUGUAUGUCGCUGCGAUUUCGGUUACGUAGGCGCCAACUGUUCCAUUCAGUGCCAGUGUAACGGUCACAGCAAUUGUGCUGGCCCAGACAAAUUAGAUGUUUGCUUAGAGUGCCAUAAUAACACGAUGGGACCACAGUGUGACAAAUGCCGGCCCUUAUUCGUUGGAAAUCCAGCUGACAAUGGGCAAUGCGUACCGUGUCUCGAAUAUUGUAAUGGGCAUACUCGAAUAUGCAUUAAUGAAAGCAUGACUGUACCGGAUCCGAAAUCGAUCGAAGAGAUGCCGAUAGAGAAGCUACAGAGACAACUAGUUGAAGGCCCCGUGGCCAAAGCGAAAUGCGUAAAUUGUGGAAACAAUACAAAAGGUGACAAAUGUGGCGAAUGUAUGACCGGUUACUUUAGAGGAACGGAAGAUCUUCGUGACGUGUGUCGACCAUGUGAAUGCCAUGGACAUGGAUUCACUUGUGAUCCUGUAACGGGAGAAAAAUGCAAUUGUGGUAACAAUACAGAAAGUGAUCAAUCUUGUACCAGCGGGCCUAUGAAAGGUACAGGUGGAAAACCCUGCUGGAUGGUACAGUGCAGCAAGUGCAAGGAAAAUUACGCCGGUACACCAACAGGUGGUCAUCAGUGUUACAAGACCGUAACGGUCGACAACAAAAUGUGUUUUGACUCUAAAUUAAUAGAUGAAUGUAAAAUGAAACCGAAACCAUUAAAUCCCGGUCAAACGGUGUUUUACAUGGUACAACCUCGUUUCAUGAAUGUCGACAUCAGAGUUAUGGUAGAUGUAACUCAAGGUGCUUUGGAUCUGUUCCUUAGUCCACGAGACGAUUCUUUCGUUGUUACAUUAAAUUCAUCAACUGGGUAUCAAGAUGUCGAAUUGGAUAACAGAAUUAUAUUGCGUAAAGGGUACAACCCGUGGUUCGACGAGGAUAAUCAGAGCCACAUGAGAUAUGUCGAAUUCCGUCCAAAUAAGACGGUCUCGUUCGGAUUGAAUGGAACUACCGCGGAGCCAAGUUGGAAAUCUACCGGCUUCACGUAUAUCGUGAUGGAGCGAUAUGCAGAUGAGUUAUCCACAUUCUUAACGAUUCAAAACCGGAACACAUUCUUGGUUGUUAGAAACUUGACAAAUCGUUUGGUGUUAACGUUACCGCAAGACAAACAUGAACUACAGCAGACGAAGUUUCAUAUCGCGUUGAGGGCAAUCGAUCCCGUACAUCCAGAGAUCAGCAGGCGGGCCGCUUAUGGGAUGAUAUUCUUCAGACAGGAUCAGCUUCACAUAGACCUGUUCGUUUUCUUCUCCGUGUUCUUCUCCUGUUUCUUCUUGUUUUUAGCCGGUUGCGUGGUCGCAUGGAAAACAAAACAAGCGGCGGACGUACGAAGAGCACGGAGAAGACACGUUGUUGAAAUGUUGCACAUGGCCAAGAGGCCGUUCGCGUCUGCUACUAUCAUUUAUGAUCGGGACGGAAACGAUUGCAGCCCGAACUCACCCCAACGAAAGAGCAGACGCAACAAAUUGGUGAGUUUCCAUAAUGAUGUUAGACCAGUGGCAGUUGAACCUACUGAGGACGGUGUCGCAGCCGUAGCCACAGUUUUUAUUAGAUUGCCCGGUGGUCGACAAGCUCCUGUUAAAUUGGCUCUCGGCAGUUCAUUAAUACUAUUGACCAGAGUUUAUCCGUUCAACAGUAGAGUGUUCGUAAGACGUAGAAACAGUCACGCGUUGAACUGAGUUUUUUCCUGUGGAAACUUCUCUCAGCUGAGCGUUUUUUAUCAUUAACAUUAGAACUACCAACUGUUUCUUAUUUCUUAA